GCUACUGUGAAAAUAACAGUCAGCUGCGCUGAGAGGUGGGCAGGAGACGGCCGCGGACCCGGAGACGGCAGGGAGAGCGCAGAGACGGCCGCAGGUGAUCAUGUGGAAGGCGCUGCUUCUUCAUAUGUUCCACUUGUCGUUAGUGAGCCUUUUCUCUCUGAUCCAUGCCACAUGUGAUCUUCAACCUAUUACUGGUGAUGAUGCUACAUUUUGUGGUGAUGAUCUCCACGUUGUAUAUUCAGACAUAGGUGAUGUGUCCUGCACACAUAUUCCACUCUGUCAGAACUUCACCCGAGACCUGAUUAAGAAGUGGGGCUCCCCGGUGGUUACCUACUCAAACGCCCAGAAGGAUAAGCUUUAUCUCCUGAUGAUGGUCGACCCAGAUGCUCCCAGCCGAGAAAAUCCCAGUUUUAAGUACUGGAGACAUUGGUUACUCGCUGACAUACAGAGAUCCAAUAGGACAUCCUCCAGUGGGUACUGUCAUGUCGAACUCCUGGAAAACCGUUUACCGGGACAGGAUCUUCUAUCUGGAAAAAGUCUUAAAGGAAGGGUGAUAACAGACUACAAAGGUCCCUCUCCUCCUGCAAGCACUGGAUAUCACAGAUAUGAAUUUCAUCUGUAUCUGCAGCUUCCAGGUUCCUUCCCUUCUCUGUCACCAUCUGAGGAGGAAUCUCGUGGUAAAUUCGACCCUGAGGCAUUCUCGACGCGCUUCAGCUUAGGGAUACCAGUGGCCAGCACUCUGUUUAUGGUCCAGAAUCCCCAACAAAAGGAUCUCUAAAAUGUCCAAGCAGCGAUCGCCUCUGCUCAGAUGAUUGCUGCUGUGUCCUUGCUGAAUAUUGCAGAUCACUGUGUAACAAACCUACUGCUCGUUUUACCCCGUAUACUUAUGUGUGUGAGGACUGUCGGGGGUCAGCAACCUCUGGCACUCCAGCUGUUGUGAAACUACAACUCCCAGCAUACUCCAUUCGCUUCUGUGAGCGUUCCGAGAACAGCCAAGCAGGUACGCGUGCUGGGAGUUGUAGUUUGACCGCAGAUGGUUGCUGAUACCUGGUCUAUCUAAUAAGAUAGAUGUACUUGUAAUGCAGCGUGCUACAGUUUAUGUGAUUAGCGUAGUUGUGAACACUUCAGUGUAUUCUGGUGUAAUCAUGGACAGUAGAUCGUCUCAAAUAAAAUGAAAUGUUUG